AGAUAAAUAGUUUUGACUCUGACGUGGAUAAUAAUAUCAAUAAAGAUAAUUGCGAAGCAAGGAGAAGAAAAGAAAAAAACAAACCCCCUAAGAUUGCAUAUUAUUAUAACGAAACUAGAAACACUUAUCUUAAGGAAGAAACUGUUAAGCCUAACCCCUCAAGAUCCUUACAAAAUCGAAAGUUUGGAGCCCAGACAACAUUUUUAGCUCCAGCAAUUUCUAG